UUGGUGACUUGGGGAGUUUCAGGAGUUGUUUCCCCCCUAAAUAGUGCGUAGGUUGCCUUUUUCAAUUAACCCAUCUCAUCAUCCAACUGGUUGGAAUUGAACUGGGACAAAAUUUCGGCCUGAGAUGAUAGUCUCUUGAAUAUGCCAUCGUAGAAGAGCAAGUAUUCCCUUCAGCCACCCAACUAAAAGAUCUGAAAGCCGCCCCUUUCUCCUUAAGAAUGGUCUUUCUAUUCAAUACUGUCGAAGAUUGAACACAGCCACAGCCCAUGGGAGCAAUUGCUGACAAGGUCGGACACUCUCAAUAGUCUCAUCAAUUCAAAGAGUCGCAAGAGACAGUCACUAAGCACGAGAGAAUGUCUUCGUAUAUGUAUAAUUCUAAUUAUUUAAUAGAAAUAUUAAAUUUUUGGGUGGCAAAACUCAAAUGAGCUGAACCUGAAAAGCUAGAAAAAGCAAUAGGCCGUUUGACGCUUUUAGGCUGGAACUUGUGUCUUGAGAUCACCAUCACCAACAAUGCAUCUUCAUCUUUAGAAUAUUCAUGGCACCUUGAGUUGUAUUUAUAGAUGAAAACACUGGCACAACCGAUUUCUUCCUUUUUUUUAGAAGAUUUUUCCAUUUAAGCCACAUCUUCUUCUUCUUUGCUUCAAUUCCUUGGUGGGUUUUAGAGAUCUCACCAGAUUCAAGAUUCUAAGUGAAUUAUUCUGUCUCAAUGGGUUCAUCGAAUCACUUGUUUAACAGGCAAAGAACCGUUCAUGAGAUCUUUGGAGGAGGAUUUGUUGCAGAUGUGAUACUAUGGAGGCAAAAGAAUGUUACUGUUGGGAUAUUAUUAGUAGCUCUAGCUUCUUUGGUGGUAUUUGAGAGAUGGGGUUACACUCUGUUAUCUCUUGUUUCUAGUGUUCUUCUCCUCCUCCUUACCAUUCUCUUUCUUUGGGCCAAAUCUGCUGCCAUCCUUAACCGACCUUCUCCACCUUUACCAGAGUUGCAUCUCUCAGAAGAGACGGUAAAUGAAGUUGCAGCUUUCGUCCGUACUCGCUUGAAUGCUUUUCUCUCAGUUUCCCAGGACAUUGCCUUGGGUAAAGACACAAAUUCAUUCUUUAAAGUAGCUGGGUACCUGUUGCUGAUAUCCAUUCUUGGUGGGUUAGCUGAUUUUCUUACUUUGGUUUACACCAGUCUUCUUAUCAUACUCACAAUUCCUGCACUCUAUGAGAGGUAUGAAGAUUUUAUAGAUAAAUAUGUGAAGGCAAUGUGCAAGAAAUCACAGCAGUUGUAUGCAAAGUUUGAUGUGGAGUGUAUUGGCACAACACAAAAAUGGGUUUUGGAGAAGCAGAAACUCGGCUGAUAUCUUCCUUGUUCUUCUCUUCUGCUUCUCUUGCUGAGGAUUGCUUGGGGUGGGAAUCUUGUCCUUUUUGAGCUUUGGACAUUGGAGAUAUCUCUAUUUCUUUUUUGUUUUUCUUUGGGAAUGAUACAGAAAUGUAUAGGAGUUGCCACCAAGAAUAUUUAUAAAGAUUGGGGAAAAUAUCGCAAAAUUUCAUGAAGUUUUGAGUUAA